UUGUCUCUGCUGUGCCCUGCUAACAUCCAUUCUAAUUCUGUUUUUCAAAUUCACAGAGAGUGAAGAAGUUUAUCAAAGGCAGGUGCUGUCAAUUUCAUGUAUCAUCUUUGGAAUUGUCAUCGUGGGCAUGUUCUGUGCAGCAUUCUACUUCAAAAGCAAGAAACAAGCUAAACAAAUCCAAGAGCAGCUGAAAGACCCACAAAAUGGUAAAAACUACAGUCUCAAAGCAUCCAGCGCAAUGGCAAAGUCAGAGAACUUGGUGAAGAAUCACGUCCAGCUGCAGAAUUAUUCAAAGGCGGAAAGGCAUCCCGUGACUGCACUGGAGAAAAUGAUGGAGUCAAGUUUUGCCGGCCCCCAGUCCUUCCCAGAGGUCCCUUCUCCUGACAGAGGAAGCCAAUCUGUCAAACAUCACAGCAGGAGUCUCUCCUCUUGCUGCAGCCCAGGGCAAAGGAGUGGUAUGCUCCAUAGGAAUGCCUUCAGGAGGACACCCCCCUCGCCCCGAAGUAGGCUGGGCGGAAUCGUGGGACCAGCAUAUCAGCAACUUGAGGAAUCAAGGAUCCCAGAUCAGGACACAAUACCUUGUCAAGGGAUAGAGGUGAGGAAGACUAUAUCCCACCUGCCUUUACAGCUGUGGUGUGUUGAAAGAUCCCUGGACUUAAAGUACUCAUCCACUGGUUUAAAAACCCAACAAAACGCAUCUAUAAAUAUGCAACUGCCUUCAAGAGAGACAAACUCCUAUUUUAAUAGCUUGGAUCAAAAGGACCUGAUGGGAUAUUCAUCCACUAGGGCCAGUUCCGUGCCCAUCAUCCCUUCGGUGGGCCUGGAGGAAACCUGCAUGCAAAUGCCAGGGAUUUCUGAAGUCAAAAGCAUCAAAUGGUGCAAAAACUCUUACUCUGCGGAUAUUGUCAAUGUGAGUAUUCCAGUCAGCGAUUGUCUUAUAGCAGAACAACAAGAAGUAAAAAUAUUGCUAGAAACUGUCCAGGAGCAGAUCCGAAUUCUGACUGAUGCCAGGAGGUCAGAAGACUACGAACUGGCCAGCGUAGAAACCGAGGACAGCGCAAGUGAAAACACAGCCUUUCUGCCCCUGAGCCCCAUGGCCAAAUCAGAACGAGAGGCACAAUUUGUCUUAAGAAGUGAAAUACAAAGAGACUGUGCAUUGACCAAGUGACUUGAGUUGUAGGAAUCUGUGCAUUCUAUGCUUUGCUCAACAGGAAAGAGAGGAAAUUAAAUACAAAUUAUUUAUAUGCAUUAAUUUAAGAGCAUCUACUUAGAAGAAACCAAAUAGUCUAUCGCCCUCAUAUCAUAGUGUUUUUUAACAAAAUAUUUUUUUAAAUGGAAAGAAAUGUUUCAGGAGGGAUAAAGCUUACAACUAAAGCUUUUGGGUAGGAUUCGGAAUACAAUUUCAGUUAGUCCCAACACUGUCCUCCUUGGCUCUUAGAUGUGGGCGAUACAGACCCUCAGCCCCAGAGUGCCAGUGUCUUCUUAAAAAAGCACUGGCAGUGACCCAGUUUCAAAGAGACGAGCUGUAUCCUGAGGGCAGACGUGCCGAUGAGCAGGUGGCCCUUGCCAUUUGGCUUGCCGGUCCCAACCCCUAAAUUUCUAUUCACUCGACAGCCUCAUCAUGGGUUAUGUCAUGUCAACAAAUGUAGUGUUUUCUAUUUAAUUUUUGAAGAAUGGCACUAAAACUCUGGAAGAAGAAGGAGAACAGGAGAUAGAAGGAGUCACUGGGGGCAAUCUUAGCUACUCUUAUGUGCCAGCUUCCUCUGAAGUUUGAAGGCACAGAAUCUCAGAGGGAAGUAUGAAAUUAUUAUAGAAAAAGAGACAAAAAAAAUCACAAUGUCGUGUCACUAAAAUCAUGCUAAUAGAAAUGUUUUUCUUUGAGAUCAUUUAGGGGCUCUGAAGGGGCAUUUCUCAGUGUGUGUGUGCGCGUGCGCGCCUGAGUGUGUGUGUGUAUGUGUGUGCGAGUGUGUGUGUGUGUGGGCUUGCUCAGUGGAGCACUGGUAUGUUGUAUGCACAUGUGUUCAUUGUGUGUAUGUGUGUGCAUGUGUGUGCGUAUCCAGCUUGCUAAAAUUUGUUCUGAAACAUCAGGGAAUCUAGUAUUCAGAAAAAAAAUAAAUGUUCCCUCUUAGAUCUGUUCACUUUAAAAUUUUCCAUUAAGUAUAAUGUUCAGUUAGUAAGUUCUUCAAUCAAGGUCACUUGCAUGGUGGGGUCCUAUAAACCUCUUGACAAUGUCUAGACCAUUUUCUGAUGUGAAUAUUUUUUAGAGGAACAACUAUUGGCUCAUUAUGAUAUAAGUAUCUCAAGGUGAGGUGAGGAUGUGUGUUUAUUUUGAAUCAUGCAUAUUUAAGUUAUUUACACAAGCCAAUGAUCAAAUCGACAGUUACCCUUUGCUUUCUCGUCAUCCUCAUUAGUAUUUAUUUUGUAGCAAGUCUACUAUGGGUGGAACAAGACAUUGGCUUCUGUGGUUCAUAUGGAAAGAAUAAAUUGUUGAAAUCACGAGCCCAGACUACUCAGUUCACAGGAAGCCCCCAAAAGAACAGUAAAUUGUGUUGUAUGUUCAUUUGGAAUAAAGCAAUAUUUUUACCACUGCUAAGGUGAACUGAAACUUCUCCCGAAGAUUUGUGUGUUUUCUUUACCCUGACUUUCAUGGGGCAUUCAAGGAAAUUAGUGUUCACAUAACCAGUCUUUUUCCAAUUAUUGGUGGUGUUGAGUUGUUAUGUUUACACUGUUUUAAAUAAAAAGGCACAGUAUUUGAAAGUAUAUAAAAGAUUUCUUUUACUGCAGUUUGGGAAAACCUUGGUUAAAAUUUUCUCGUGGAGGAUUCACAUUCCAUCAAAAGGGAAUGUACCUGUUUUUGAAUCAAAUAUUGAAUAUAUACAACUCUUAUUGGAAGUUAAGUUGUUUCUGUUGAAAAUACAUUGCAAAUUGCUCCUUGAGAGCACUGUUUAAUAACAAAUAUGAUGCCAUACAGGGAAAAGGAAGAGCAUUGUGUUCUUAACGACAUUGUUUAGUGGAAAUUCAAGGUUUCAAAUGUUGAAAACACUUCGGUAGAAAUGUGUUUUAUAUUUAACUAGAGAUUUGUGGUGUUCAUUAUUUGUCUCAUUAUGCUUUCAUUGUUUUGAAUAUAGAGGUAAUAUUUUAGCCUCUUAAAGAUUAGUAUAAAUUUUUAAUGUCUAGAUUAUCUAAGUUCUCUUUUAAAAAUAUUACCUGGGAAAAUUUUAGAAGGAUAGUCUUAAUUAACAGGUAUAUAAAAACCCCAUAAGUUGCACAUCCAGUAUGUUAUUGUGUUGAAAUUUAUCAUAAUUAUCAGACAUUAACUGGAAGGCCUCACAAAUCUGUUGAAGACCACCUUGUUCUUGGGUUUUUCAUUAAAAUUUUACCUGUUGCUCAUCUAAAGGAUUCAUACAGGAUUGACCUAAUUAGGAGGUAAUCUCCUCUGUGACUCAGUGCAGUUAUUUUAAUAUAUUAUUUACUCUGAAAAGAUUGAAGACUGUCAAUCCAACUUAAGUCCUGAUAAAACCCUUUAUUUUUUUUUUUAAGGUAGAACCAUAUAUUAUGUGAUUAUAAACACUGCCGUGCACUCGGGCACCUCCACUGGCAAUCUGAUGUAAAGUUUAGAGAGUUACUUCCUAAUUGAUAGUCAAGACAACAUCCUCCAAAAGAACAAAUAGUAAUGGUUAACUUCAGUGGUCCUUUGUCUUUUUAUGGAGUAAUAAGUUUUCCUGUGACAAAGGUCCAAGCUCAAAAUGCCCGUCUUUGGGCACCAGCUAACAAGUGCUGACCGUAUUAUGACUUUCAAAGUCGACCUAAUAUGGCAAACACCUGGAGCCAUCAGUCCCUUAUCUUUCAAGCUCCUGUGCCUAUAGAAAAGUGUUUAUUUCUACAAGACAACUUUGAUUUUGCUUCACUUUUCCUGUCUUUGUUAUGUGAGUAGAUAUUUGGAGAUUUGUAAUCAAGUGAGUUGCAUAUUCAUUAUUUACGAGAGAAUGAAUGUCAUUCAUUAUUUUUUACUCUGAAUCAUUUUCCGAUACAUCUGUUUUUUAUAAAGCUUUUGUUAUUCUAAUUUUGCCGGUGACUGCUAUGGAAUGCUCUUGUUCAAAAUACAUGACCAAAUUUACGCCACUGAGAAAGAGUAGAAAUGUAGAAAUUAUGUUGGAGGAUUGGCAUCCAAAUUUUCUUAUGUACAUUAAGUGCUGUAUGUUAUAUACUCUAAUCCAAUAUCUCUGUGGGUGAAGGACUAAAUAUUUAUAAAUUUAUCACAUCUCCAACGA